CACAGCUCCUGAAGGAUUGUGUUCCUUGGUUGAUGCCAGGGUAGAUUUGUCCCCUCACCGGGACCUCAACUGAGAAUGCGCAAGGCACAAAGGUGUUCGAGGGUCUAAAGAAUUCAAGGUAGUUACCUCCAAUGGGACAGGGUGUGUCUGCUAUGAGUGACAGCCCAAAUACCCCACCCCUGCUUUUCCCCCUGUACCUAGGUAUUUUUCUCCCCCAGUGCUGGGGAUGGAACCAGGACCUCAGAGCCACAAAGCACAUGCCAUACCUCUGAGCUACACCCCAGCCUUUAGCUGUCCAUUCUUUGUUUGUUUUUGUUUCUCUGGUACUAGGAAUCGAACUCAUGACCUCAAGCUUGCCAGGCAGGCGCUGUGCCACUGAGCUAUAUCCCAGGCCCCUAGCUGACAAGAAAAAACUUUGUUCCCGCCAAGACCUGCUGUGAGUGGGGUACUGCAGCAGUGUAGGCUUGCUUGUGGCUGCUAACAGCUAGCAGAUAAAAUGCUGAUUCUUGUUUAGUUAGUUGGAAGAUACUUCGGUUCCAAAGUGUGUUCCCUGGACCACCACCAUCACCCGAGAAUUGGUUAGAAAUGUUUAUUGCCAGGCCCCACCCUAUACCUUCAGAACCAGAAACUAGAGGGUGGGGCCCCGGCAGUUGGUGUUUAACGCCCUCUGGGUGAUUCUGAUGCCUGAGCUAGUUUGAAAAUGACUGGUUUAAAUCUGCAAAUAGAAGCUGCAAAGCAAGUUAGGGCCUGGGUGUGGUUCAGUGGGAGAGCUCUGGCCAAAGGAGCAUAGGAGGGCUUGGGCUCCAUCCUCAGUACAGCAAAAACAGACACACAGGCAGGCAGGUAGGCAGGCAAACAAAACAAGUUACAUGUCCCGAAGACACACAGCGGAGACAGAUCCCCUGCAGUGUGAAAGGCACCGAAGCUCGCUCUACUGCUUCGUGAAAGAUGAGCACCAGGUUCCUAGAUCUACUUAGAAGCAAAGGGCACCUAAGGUCAUUAGAGAUGGAGCCAGACAGAGUGGGACUCACCUGAGGUCCCAGCUGCUCCAGAGCCUAAGACGGGAAGGUCUCUGAGCCCAGGAGUUUGGGGCCAGCCUGGGCACCAUAACGAAACACAGGUCUCUCAAAAUAGAAAGGAAGUUGGAGUCACCAUCUGGAUCGGUGCCUUCUGGAAGCCAACUCAGCACAGCUCCGUUAUCUCUGAGUAAGGGCGCCAGGGGUCCAGGUGGCAUUUUACCUUUGACCACUUCGUGGUUGACCCUGGCCAGGAGUAUGAGGUGACCGUUCACCACCUGCCCAAGCCCAUCCCUGACGGGGACCCCAACCACCUGUCCAGGAAUGUCCUUGUGCCCGACUGCAAGGACCCCGAGAUGAAGAUGACCACGGCUUGUCUGAGCUCAGGCAGCCUGUGGAAUCCCGACAUCACCGUGGAGAACCUAGAGGCCGAGCAGCUGUGGGUGAGCUUCACCCUGUGGAACGAAUCCACCCACUACCAGGUCCUCCUCCACAGCUUUCCCCACACAGAGAACGUCAGCUGCUUCGAGAGCGUACUGCAAAUACCUGCGCCCAGACAAGAGGAAUUCCACCAGCGCACCAACAUCACGGUCCCGCUUCACCACUCCGCCUGGUGCUGCCGCCACCGCGUGCAGGUACAGCCCUUCUUCAGCACCUGCCUGAAUGACUGUCUCAGAUACUCUGUGACCGUCCCCUGCCCAGAGAUGCCACCGACCCCAGCUGCCGUUGCAGACCACAUUCCCCUGUGGGGCUACAUCUUCAUCACGGGCGUCUCCAUCCUGCUGGUGGGCUCGGUCAUCCUGAUGAUCCUCUGCCUGACGUGGAGGCUGCCAGCAUCUCACCACGAGAAGGGUGGUAACAGCACCAAAGGCGCUGAUGUCCUGCCAGUGGCUGCCCUGAAGCCCCCACCCCUGAAGCCCAGGAAGGUCUGGAUUGUCUACUCGGCCGACCACCCUCUCUAUGUGGACGUGGUCUUGAAGUUCGCCCAGUUCCUGAUCACCGCCUGUGGCACCGAAGUGGCCCUUGACCUCCUAGAAGAGCAGGUCAUCUCAGAGGUGGGGGUGAUGACGUGGGUGGGCCGCCAGAAGCAGGAAAUGGUGGAGAGCGACUCCAAAAUCAUCAUCCUGUGUUCCCGCGGCACCCGGGCCAAGUGGCAGGCUAUCCUGGGCUGGGAGGAAGCCGCCGUCCGGCUGCGGUGUGACCACGAGAAGCCCGCCGGGGACCUCUUCACCGCCGCCAUGAACGUGAUCCUGCCCGACUUCAAGAAACCAGCCUGCUUCGGCACCUACAUCGUCUGCUACUUCACGGGCAUCAGCAGCGAGAACGACGUCCCUGACCUCUUCCACAUCACCUCCAGGUACCCUCUGAUGGACAAGUUCGAGGAAGUGUACUUCCGGAUCCAGGACCUAGAGAUGUUUGAGCCCGGCCAGAUGUGCCGCGUCAGGGAGCUGGCGGGAGACAGCUACCCGCAGAGCCCCAGCGGGAGGCAGCUCCGGGGGGCCGUGGAAAGGUUCCGGGAGUGGCAGAUCCAGUGCCCCGACUGGUUCGAGCGUGAGAGCCUGCAUUCAACCGAUGACCAGGACCUUUCUUCCCUGGAUGAAGAGGUGUUUGAAGAGCCGCUGCUGCCGCCGGGGGAAAGAAUUGUCAGGCAGAAGCCCCUGGUGCGAGAACCUGCCCCCGAGGGCUGUCUGGUGGUAGAUGUAGGCCUCGGUGAGGGACGCAGGGGAACAUCAAAGCUAGGGCCCCAGCUGCAGCCUGCGGGGGAGCUGGAGGCCGGGCCCCUGAGGACCCUGGUGCUGCCGGUGGAACCCGUCCCUGCGGCUCAGGUAGUGGAGCUAGCCCAGCUCUCUGUGGGGAGCGGCACAGCCCGCCGGCUGGCCGUGGUGCAAGGUGAGGCCUGCCCGCCGCUAGGGGGCAGCAGCCCGCGGCGGAACAGCGUCCUCUUCCUCCCCGAGGACCCCGAGGACCCCGAGGACUCACCUCUCUGCAGCACUCCAGUGGCAUCACCUGAUCAUCUGGAUGAUGGGAGGGAGCAGCUAGAGGGCUUGAUGUUCUCGCUCCUGCAGCAGAGUCUGGGCAGCCGGGCCCAGGAGGGCUGGGAGGAGCCUAUUGGAGUCCUCAAGGGCCCCUUUGAAGAGGAGCAGCGGCAGUCGGUGCAGUCUGACCAAGGCUAUAUCUCCAGGAGCUCCCCGCAGCCCCCAGAUGGGCUUGCAGAAAUGGAAGAGGAGGAGGAGGAGGAGGA